UUCACUCUCUCUCUCUCUCCCGAAAGUUAUCUCUUUCUCUCUCUGAUAAAAGCAAAGUUUCGGAGGCAAUUAAUGAAAAAAAAGGUUUUGCGGAUAAAGACGCUUGCGUGAUAUUAUUACACACGUAUAUUAUUGCGGGCAGCACGAGUGCAGCAACACAUACACAGUGGCUUCCAUUCAUUCGCGUUGAAAACAAAAAAAAUAAAUAAAGCAGCAGCAGCAGAAAAUUUUUCAACUCGGAGAAGAAGAGAAAAAAUGGCACAUGUGUAAUCAUCGUCGCUCGACCGAGAGAGAUAAGAUUGAUCCAAAUCGAGAAAUCAUUAAGGCGAUUUUUUUAGAGAAGAACGACGACGAUGAGGAUGAAGAGGAGGAAUAGCAGCGGCAGCGAUCAGCAGCGAGAAGGAGAGAAUAUUGCCGCGAGAUUAGCUGGAAAAAUUAUCGCCUUGACGAGUAUAUAAUAAUCAUUAUUGCGGAGCGGAGUUAUAUAUACACAUUUUUUCGCUCUUCUGUCUCUUCUUCGUCUUUUUUUUAUUUUUUUCAUUCGGGCACUCGAAGGAGAUAAAGAUAAUAAAUAAUCGCCGAUCUCGAGCAAAUGCGAACUGCCUCGAAUGAAGGAUUUUAAUUAUGGAGGCCGGAAGUGUUAAUAUGAACAAUAAUAACAACAACAAUAAUCGGGGUGAGGGAAGUGCAAAGAGCAGCAAGUCGAGUGCAGCAGCAGCAGCAGCAGCGGGUCACCAGUCCAUGGCGCAGACGAAGGAGCACACGGCUCUCGACGACGCCGUGGGUAAACUGCUCGAAGGUUACGAUUGGACACUGCUGCCGGUGACUUCGCGCACUUGCUGCGACGGCAGCGGACGCGCCUCGCACAUCAAGCGACCGAUGAACGCCUUCAUGGUCUGGGCCCAGGCGGCCCGACGCAGACUCGCCGUGCAGUAUCCGCAGCUGCACAACGCCGAGCUGUCCAAGACCCUUGGUAAAUUGUGGAGAAUACUGAGCGACGGCGAGAAGAAGCCGUUCAUCGAGGAGGCGGAAAGACUGAGGAACGCGCAUAAAAAGCAGCAUCCACAUUACAAAUACCAACCGCGACGCCGAAAAGCCAAAAUCGACGCCGCGGAGGCCUCAUCGACGACGACGACGACAACGACGAGUCGCUCGUCGGCGAGCAACAACAAUAUAGAGCCCGUGUCGACGAGCGCCAGUAUUGCCGACUCCACGACCAAUCAUCAUCAUCAUCAUCAUCUGUACAAUCAUACGGCCGCGGCUGCCGGUGGUGUCACGGGCCGCAUUUGCCCCGAACCCGAUGCUGCGGGCCUCAACGUAAACAUCAGUCCGUCGCCGAGCAGCCCGAUGCUCGGCAGCAACAGCGGCAGCGGCUACGAUCGGUCGGUCGUCGUUACGAGCUCUUACGGAACUGCAGCGGCUGCUACGUCCAGCUCGCCGUCGGCCGGCGAAUUGACGAGCUACGACACCACUGCCAAAUACGCCCUCGAUCACGAGCAUCAUCAUGGAUUGAGCCUCGCGACUAGAACUGCGGAGGCGAGUAGCGCCGCGUCGUCCCGUUACUCGACUCCGGACCAUCUUCACAACCACCACCACCAUCACCACUCGUCCCAUCCGCACAGAUACGAUAGCGAUCUGCAGCAAUCGAGCGCCAAGUUGAACUACGAAUCGAGCGUUGUGAGAAAUGCCACCACCGCCGGACACUACGGGGCCGCGAAAACGACGCCCACGGCGGGAGACUACACGCAUUACGCCGCUACCGCGGCCAAUCGUCAUCAUCAUCCACAUCAUCCCCAAUACUACACGGAGGCGGCCUACCUGACCGGCAACGGACCGGCGGCAGUGGUCGCAUCCCAACACCAUCAUUAUCCUCAUCCGCCGCCGCCACCGCACCAUUACGAGGAACUGGAUUACGCGCACCAGAAUCAUCAUCACCAGGCCUCGACGAUGACGAGCUCGACUGCGGCGGCUGCUGCUGCUGCUGCUUCGCAGGUUGUGGCUGCGCCAAGCCCGGCUCAUCAUUCGUUUUAUCCCUACAUCGCUUCGUCGCCGUAUUACGUGCCACCACGGUGAACGCGCGACGACAAUCCGAUAUACAUUAAAUACAAUGUGUUUCCGG